UUUGUUCGAAAAUCCCAAAGCCAGUAAACUGAAAGUUACAGGGAUAACUUUAUACGUAAUGUCUGAACUACUAAAUUAUAUUUAUUUAACAAAAUUCGGCGCAAUGACAUUCGAAUGCACUCAAGAACUCUAUCACGGUGCUCAUUUAUUAAAAAUGAAAGGAGCUCGUCAAGCUUGUUUUGAAUUUCUAAGCGAAAAUAUCGAUGUUAAAAACUGCUUUCGUUUGUAUCAAUUUGCCAAAGAGAAAAAAAGCAACGAGUUACAAAAAUUAGCCAAGAAUUACAUUUGUAGAAAUUUUUUAUCGGUUAUUCGAGAUAAUGAAGAACUACUUUUCAUUCCUAUCGAAGAUAUUUCAUCGUUUAUCAGCGCUGAUGAACUAAAUGUAUCGAAUGAAGAACUCGUAUGGGAAUUCAUCGUAAAUUGGAUUUCGUUAAAAGAGAAAGAACGCAAAUGCUACGUCAGCAAAUUAUUAAAUCACGUUCGAAUUGGACUAAUGAGAUACGAAUAUUUCAAUAAAAAGAUCAGAAAUCAUAAAUACGUAUCAGGCAAUGAGAAAUGCGACAAAGUUAUAAGACAAUCUUUGAGUUAUUUCGAGAGCAUCUGUCGUUUGGUGGAGGAAAACAUGUAUAUCCCAUAUCCGGAAUUUGUUCGGCCCAGAAAACCAAGAGAAGUUGUCUUUGCAGUGGGGGGAUGGAGUGGUAUAUAUCCAACUUCUGUGAUAGAAACUUAUGACCCUCGCGCCGAUCGGUGGAUCAAUAUGCCGGAUACGGAUCCUCUAGGUCCUCGAGCAUAUCAUGGUACUGUCGUAGUAGGAACCAAGAUGUACUUGAUCGGAGGAUAUGAUGGUAUUGAAUCGCAUAACAGUUGUAGAGCUUUCGAUGUGGUGACCAAAACAUGGUCUGAUGUAGCGCCUAUGUUUUUCAAAAGAUGCUACGUGAGUGUUGCUUAUUUGAACGGAUACAUUUACGCGUUAGGCGGUUUCGAUGGUGAACACAGACUGAAAAGUGUCGAAUGCUACGAUCCUCUCAAAAACCAGUGGACUCUGAGAGCUUCAAUGAAUCACGUUCGAAGCGACGCCGAUGCCACCGUUUGCGAUGGUAAAAUCUACAUUGUUGGCGGCUUCGAUGGUAAUAACUGCACAAGCACAGUCGAAGUGUACGAUCCAAUUCAAGAUAGGUGGUCCAUGUUACCAAAUAUGUCCAUAAGUCGAAGCGGUGUUAGUUGUAUAAGUCAUAAAGGAUUCAUUUACGCUUUAGGAGGAUACAGCGGAGUUGACAGAUUACGAACAGUCGAACGUUUCGAUGUGAAAGCAAAUCACUGGAGUUUAAUACCUAGUAUGAAGCAUCCACGAAGUAAUUUUACUGUUGUGGCUAUCGAAGAUAUGAUACUGGUUAUCGGAGGUUACAGUCAUGGUACCACAGUUGACACGGUGGAAGCUUUCGAUGUAAAUACAGAAAGAUGGAAACAAAUCUUCAACAUGAAACUGUACAGAUCAGCACUGUCAGCUUGUGUAGUUCGAGAUAUUCCCAAUUUAGAAGACUACACGUACAAACACUAUGAACUAGUCAUGUUGGAGAACGCCGAACGUCUCCGUUCAAUAGUAAAAUCUUUGGAACAUGCAGGAUCAUCGAUUUACGUUGAAAUUGAUAGCAUGUUAUACAUAAAUGAUAUUAAAGUACAGCACACUAGCGACUUACAAAACAAUGCUCUGGUCAUACCGGUCGAUAACGUAGAAUUAAUGGAUCAAGAAAUGAAUACCGAACGUGAUGGUCAAAAUGAUAUGAUCGGUGUUUAACUUCAUGUUAGGAGUUUUCGUAUAACGUACCAAAUUC